CCUCUUCUUCUUCUUCUCCUUCUCCUUUGUUUAUUUUUCUUUAUUUUAGCGGAGCCUCUCUCUCUCUCUUUCUCUCCCAAAUCUCGUUUUUCCGUCAUUCUUUUUCGAAAGAAAGCUCAGUUAUAAGAAAAUGCCAGCCGUCGGUAUACCGGCCGGUGGUGCCAGUAAGGCCUACCCGGGGAAACUGACUCCGUUCGUGACCGUGACAUGUAUUGUUGCGGCCAUGGGAGGUCUGAUUUUCGGUUACGAUAUUGGGAUUUCAGGUGGGGUUACGUCGAUGAACCCAUUCUUAAAGAAGUUUUUUCCGUCGGUGUACCGUAAGAAGAUGGCUGAAAAGUUGACCAACCAGUACUGCCAGUACGACAGUCAAACGUUGACCAUGUUCACAUCGUCUUUGUAUCUGGCUGCUCUGCUGUCCUCGCUGGUGGCCUCCACCGUCACCAGAAAAUUUGGUCGGAAACUGUCUAUGCUUUUCGGCGGUCUGCUCUUCUUCGCCGGAGCCAUUCUUAAUGGCUUCGCCCAAAAAGUUUGGAUGUUGAUCGUUGGUCGUAUCUUGCUCGGUUUCGGUAUCGGGUUCGCUAAUCAGUCUGUGCCUCUCUACCUCUCGGAGAUGGCUCCAUACAAAUUCAGAGGUGCAUUAAACAUUGGUUUCCAGCUCUCCAUCACAGUUGGUAUCCUUGUGGCCAAUGUUCUUAACUACUUCUUCGCCAAGAUAGAUGGUGGCUGGGGAUGGAGGCUGAGUCUCGGCGGAGCUUUGGUCCCUGCCCUUAUCAUCACAGUCGGAUCUCUUGUACUCCCUGACACACCAAACUCCAUAAUCGAGCGUGGUCAGCACGAGGAUGCCCGAAUUAAGCUCCAGAGAAUCCGAGGAGUUGACGACGUUGAGGAGGAGUUCGCUGACCUUGUCGCCGCUAGUGAAGCCUCGAAACAGGUUGAACAUCCAUGGAGAAUGCUUCUUCAGAGGAAGUAUAGGCCACACCUCAGCAUGGCUAUCUUAAUCCCAUUCUUCCAACAGCUCACCGGCAUUAACGUCAUCAUGUUCUACGCCCCUGUUUUGUUCAACACAAUCGGAUUUAAAGACGAUGCUUCACUCAUGUCCGCUGUCAUAACUGGGAUUGUUAACGUUGGUGCCACGUUGGUUUCCAUUUAUGGUGUUGAUAAAUGGGGUCGGAGGUUCUUGUUCCUUGAGGGUGGAGCUCAAAUGCUUAUUUGCCAGGCUGUGGUUGCGGCUGCCAUUGGAGCUAAAUUCGGAGUCGAUGGAACCGCAGGAGAGUUGCCCAAGUGGUACGCCAUUGUUGUGGUGGUGUUCAUCUGUACCUACGUGGCUGGUUUCGCUUGGUCAUGGGGUCCACUAGGAUGGUUAGUUCCUUCUGAGAUUUUCCCAUUGGAAAUUCGAUCAGCUGCUCAGAGUAUUAAUGUCUCGGUCAACAUGAUCUUCACUUUCAUUGUGGCUCAAAUCUUCUUAACAAUGCUCUGCCAUUUGAAGUUUGGUCUCUUCAUCUUCUUUGCCUUCUUUGUGGUAAUCAUGUCCAUCUUCGUCUACUUCUUCUUGCCUGAGACUAAAGGUAUUCCGAUUGAAGAGAUGAACCAGAUUUGGAGGAGCCACUGGUACUGGUCUAGGUUCCUCUCCGAUGAAGAUUACCCCAAUGGUGGUAAUGGUGUUCAAAUGGUUAAGAAUGUUUAAUUCCGUUGGAUAAAACCGGUCUUUUUUUUUUAUUAGUUUUUUUUUUCGUAGCAGUACAUACUAUUUAAUUGUUUGGUUGUGAAAAAGGUUAUUAUGAACUUGUCCAAUUACAGUGUAUCCCAAUUAAAGCUUUCUUAUUAUGUAUUACAAAUUGUUCUAAAUUUAAAAGAGGUGAUUGAUGUUAUUAGUGAUCACACUAUAUUAAUUUAAUCAAAUGUAGUCUAA